GGCCACGGGCCCACCUCAGGCGGUGGCGAGAGAAUACGGCGGUCGUGGCAUGGAGGAAUUGAUGUUAUGACGAAGUCGUGGUAGAAGUGGUCAAGCGGCAAGGUGAACCCUCAAGUCGCCAAAUCGUAGGGCUUAAUGACGACUGCGAAGAAAGUAUGCUGGUAAUCGCUUCUAGGUAUCGGCAGUGGGCGUUGUCUGGCGAGUUUAAAAGUCGUUCACUAUGGUUUGCCUACCCCUCGGUCAGAUUCUCGAUCGGACUUAAAUCAGUGACACUCCAAUAUACUUCGUACACAGUCUUGUAUCCUAGUACUAUACAUCAUGUCUGCCAAAGCCGGAUCUAUCGAAGCUACGUUGGCCGCAAAGCUCGCAGAGCCCCCCGCCCAAGUACUCGAUGACUCUCACUACCAGCCAAAGGCCCAAUCCUACUGGGGCUAUGAAGGGGCAAGCUGGCAGGAACACCCACCCACCAUAGCUUCUGGCAGCGCUAAAGCCUCAUCCAUAUGCCUGAUCACUUGGAACAUUGACAUCCUGACUGGCGGAGCGGAGGCACGCAUGGCAGCGGCCCUAGAGCAUCUCGAGAGCCUCGUUUCCAGUGUGCCGGCGUCCCAUCCGAUCGUCAUAUUCCUCCAAGAGAUGGGCCAGUCCGAUAUGGCGCAAAUACGAGCUAGCAGCUGGAUCCAGAAACGCUUCUUCCUUACUGACAUCGACGAAAGGAGCUGGAAUGGUCCUAUGUAUGGCACAACGACCUUCGUGGAUAGGAAACUGCGGGUCUCGCGGCUAUUCCGGGUGCCUUGGGUAACCAAAUUCGAGCGUGAUGGGCUGUUCGUAGACAUUUCCCUGCACGAUGAAUCGAGUGGAGACGCGAGGGUAUUGCGACUGUGUAACACGCACCUAGAGUCCCUCGUAGCAGAGCCUCCGGUCCGGCCCUUACAGCUUGCCUCUGCCGCCAGAUACUUGCACGAACCACACGUGCACGCAGCACUACUCGCGGGGGAUCUCAAUGCUAUUCAGCCUUUUGACCGGACACUCCAUUCAGAGAAUGAGCUAAAGGAUGCCUACUUAGAACUUGGAGGAGUGGAGGACUCCGAAGAGGGCUACACAUGGGGCCAACAAGUACCGCAGUGGAUGAAGGAUAAAUUUGGGUGCAGCAGGAUGGAUAAGGUCCUCUACUGUGGUUUGGUGAAGGUAACGGCACUACACAGAAUAGGAGUGGGAAUCAAGGUUGCCGAUGACAAGAGGCAGGACAUGCGAGACAUGGGAUGUGAAGAAUGGGUAACUGAUCAUUACGGCCUGCUGGCAACGGCUGAACUAGAUGUCCCUUUCUACGCUCGAAUCUAGAGCUUUGAUUGAGCACUCAAGAAUCGAUGGCGAACUAUCAUACUCGCUGGGUGAUUAGGUGAGGACGUAUGGCCCCCUGGACGCCAGAAUAGGGCUUCGCGAUGUACAAACUUCCAGCUCA